AUGGGGAAUUCUUGGGCAAAAUACCUCAACACGGUCGAAAGUGGAGGGGGACGAAACCCUCUUCUUCUGGCAGCUUCGGGUGGCCAUACAUCGACAGUUGAACUGUUGAUCACACGUGGCUCCAGCAUACUGAGUGUGGACAGCGAAGGAAAUACCGCAUUGCACCUCGCGUCCCAGAUAGGCGAUUACGAUACUUUGGCGGUCAUGGAGAAGCUUCGAGGGGACGACUUCAACACUGCCCGACUGGGACGCGCGCCACCGCUUCACGUUGCGGUUGAACGAGGUAUCACUGAUGUUGUUGAGCUGCUGUUGCAACACGGGGCCAGUGCCAACAUGGAAAGACUACCUCUGCAGACUCCCGUGCACGUCGCCAUGCAACAUGGAAAACCGGAAGUACUCUACCUUUUGCUUCGCCACGGGGGUGAUCCGAAUGCGGUUGACUGGGAGGGCCGAGCUUCUCUGCACAUUGCAAUACACCGGCAAGAUACUAAAUACUUUGAGAUGACGAUGAAGCUUCUUCUGCAGAGAGGGGCGGAUGUCGACGCUCAGGACUCGAACGGCUUCACACCACUCAUGAUGUACAUUUGCUGUCACCUGGCCCAUCCUCUGCUUCAAUACCGGUCACCACCGACUCAUUUGGAGACAUUGAUAUCGAAGACGAGGAGCCCGAGAACGGUCAACAUCUUCGGCCGGACAGCCUUACAUUAUGCCGCGUCGUGUGACGUACCACCCACUGCCGUUGAAGGACUCCUGGCAGCUGGAGCACAUCCGCUCACCCGUGAUAAACUUGGACACACCCCGUUGUAUUAUUCUCUCCUACGUGACGGUACUGAUGUUGAGCAUGACUCGGAGGAAAAGACAACGGGGUGGCUGGCAUGCUUCUCAACUCUUUUGAACGCCAUUCCGUUAAAGGAGCGGCCUCGGCAGUUGUCCGAAGCUCUUCUCGCAGCAGUGAAG